AUGUCUGCCUCUGAAAACCAGGCUGCUGAAGCCAGAAUGGACACAAGUGCCAGGAAAAUUGUCCCAACUGGGAACAAAAUCCGUAUUCGUUUACCAUUACCACUGAGAAAGAGGUUGGCUGAAGGCCUUCAGACCAUGAGCACAGGAUUGCCUGAGGAUACGAAAAAACACGCUGCUAAGGAAGUACCUGAAUAUACUAAUGACACCGCCGAAAACACCACAUUUGUUGACACUGAACUGAAGAUUGAAAAGGUAAGCACCAAGCCCCCUAGUAUCAAAUUAUCAACAGAUGGAAACCUGAAAACCAUGUCUAAAGACAGACUAUGUGAACAGGCAAACAGCAACAACUUGUGCAAAACCAUGUCAAAGGACAGAGUGUGUGAAGAGGCUAAUUUCAUUGUCCCAGGCCUGAAUCUGACAACCACUGCUGGCAUGCAAGAUAACACAGAAAGCAUUUGCCCUGUAAGGAAAGGGUCAUGUGAAGAGGGACACACAGACAUUAUGAGCAAUGGGCUGCCUCCUGAGAGCAGCAAAACAUCAAAGAAGGAAGCAUGUGUAGGAGCCAUGGACAGCACCCCAAGCAUGGAACUUUCAAUCACAAGAGUGCAAGGUGAAGUGGAAAAGAACGACUCCACUACUAAACCCUGUGAAGCUGCUAGUGAAAAUAUCCUAAGCAAGAAGCUACUCUAUGAGACAAACAGCAACACCUCAAGGAAGAGAGUAACUGAAGAAGCUAAGAUCAACAACCCAAGCAAGAACCUGAAAACCUCUGCAGGGAAGUGUGGAGAGGCAAAUGACUGUUUCCCAAUCAGAAGACCCGCUGAUCAAUCUAAUGACAAGAAAUUUAGCAAAAAGAUGCGUACCUCUGCAGUGCAAGCUACUGACACCAGCCAUAACACUUCCGGACUGAAACUUCCUACCUCUGUUGGCCUGGCUGUGGAACAAAGUAUCAGCACUGCAUUCUUGGAGGCCACAAAAGUGUAUAAAGAGUUUGAGGAGAAGGUUAAGAGAACUGUAUACCUUGACAACUUGUCUCGCCUGGCUACAGAUGCAGUCAUUACGAUGGCUUUGAACCAGUUUGGUAAUGUCAAAAGCGUCAGUUUUCUGACCAACUAUACAGUUCCAUUUGACAUUCCCCAAUCUGCAUUAGUAGAAAUGGAAACUGAGAAGGAUGCUGAGUCCGUGGUCAACAUACUAGAUGAGUUCCCAUUCAUGCUGUCUGGGAUGCCAAGGCCUGUGAGGGCGAAGCAUGCCACAGCUGAAAUGUUCAAUGACCGUCCACGGAAACCUGGAAGGAAGUUAGAAUUCCAUUGGGUGGGCCCUACAGACCCUGAUUGUCAUAAUGUCAGAAAGUUUAAGUUGAUGUCCAAGAGGCAUGAGUUGGAGAACUUAGCACUAAUCAAGAAUGAACUGCAAGAGGAGGCACUGCUCGCAAAGCGUCAGCAGGACAAUCUGAAUUGUCAUUACAGGAAGCUUGAGACUGUAGACAGCGUGAUUAUGAAUGGCGGGCUCAAUCGCCUGACUCACAUUUACAACCUCCGUUUCGAUGAAAUGUAUUGA